AUGCUCGGCCAACGGAUCAUCGACCAUGUCCCCGGAGACUGGGAGGUCCAUGGCACCCCCCACUCUGGUCUCGCUCCCGCCCCCGUCAAGCGCUACUCGACCACAAACCCGUCCACAGGACUCCCUCUCCGACGCGCAAAAUCCUCAGGCUUGCGCAUCCUCACUGACAGCGGCUCUUUAUGGUCGGACAACCCCAGGGGCCAUCUCAACCCUGGCUUCCUCUCCGCCAACCGCCAUUCCCUUCUUUCCGUCAGGACUCCCGAUACUAGCCAUACCUUCGGCCAGCCGAACCCCAGCAUGAUGUCCCCCAAACAUCCCCCAACCUCUCGCAUACAGUCUCCCGCUUCGACAACUGUCGCGUCCCCUUCAUCUGCUGCUCUCGCUGCUCGUCGACACUCUCGCUAUUCAAUCGCAGAGAGUGCUCUGCGGACUGCCGCCGAAGUCUCUUCUACAGAACUCUCCCCGGCAGAACUCCAAGUUCGUGCUCUCUCGAGAGCUACCGCUCUACUCAGUGAACAGGCCCGGGACGCCCAAACAACCGCCGCAAAACUGCGCGCAGCCUUGGUUGAGAAGGAGGCUCGGGGGCUGGCUCCAGAGCAAGUCAGGUCCUUGCAACGCGAAUUCUGGCUGGAGGAGCGAAGAACUGCCUCUAGGAUGGACCAAACAGCAACCACACACAAGCUUCUCACGGCACUUUGCAGUCCCAUCAACGAGGUUCCGCCGCCGUUGGUGGAGUCUCCAGCAACGAUGACCAGGGCGGAAGCAAACUUACGUCUGUUCUUGAGACAGUCGCCUACCCACGUCGUCUUCCCGACCGCUCGCAUAUCAACGUAUACUCUCACUCGGCGCAAGACCAUCUCCCAGGUCCAACCCAUGAGGCUUCGCACUUUCGCACUCGAAGAAGUUCUUCGGUCACCCAUAAAGUCUCGCAAGCGUUCGACAUCUCUUGGAGGCCAACCACCCCCAUCUCCAUCUCCAGAACCCGUGCAAUCGCGCAGAGACUCCGCAUCAACGGAUGUUACCUGUGUAUCCCAGGAUCCUAGGGAGCAAACCGCGACCGCGACGACACUCAAAGUCGCAGUACACAACUUGGCUGUUUCCGAGGUGUCCCCAUUCCCAUCUCCGCUCUCCGCUGGCCCCCAUGGUGGCAUUGUCCGUAUCGAGCCCCGCGCGUCCCUACGCCCACGCGACACGAUCUUGAGUGAGGUCGGUGAUGUGUCCCUGCCGGACUACGUCGCCGACCUCCUUGAGGACUUUGGCGUGUCCAAGUUCGAUAUCACCCUCCCCUGCGCUCCGUCCUCACCCGCGAUGCUUCACUUCCGCACCUCAAUCGACUCGUACGGAUCGCGAACUGACGACCUCGCCCGUCGCGCUUCGUUGUCGAUGCCGGAGUUCCGGCUAUUCCCCAACUCCACUGAGGCUUCGCACGAGGAGCCACGUCCGCCACAGCCGCACUCCCCUUCCAUACUCCCUCCAUCACUCAUCAUUGACCGCCUUCGGAACGUGACCGAGUUUCCCGCCUCCUCCUCAACGACGCCCUCUCCCCCCGGCUCACUCACUGCUGGCCCCUCCUCCUCGUGGGGCUCCGUAGCCCCCGCGCCGGCUCUCCGCCGCCGCCCAUCAAAGCAGCGCAGCACCGGCUCCGUCUCGCUCUUCCAGCCCAAGUUCUCGAGCCCGCGGCUGUCGACGCCCUCGCUCUUCACCGUGCCCGAGGACACGCCCGCGCCCGAGUCGCGCCCGCAGAGCAGCCUGAGCACGUAUUGCUACAGCGAGUACGGGUUCGGGUACGGGUUCGGCGACGACAGCGCACUCGAGUCCCCCGAGGCGCGCCUCGAGCGCGCCGGCUACGGCACCGACUCGAAGGGCGUCCGCCGGCGGUUCUUCACCGUGCCGUUCCGCCGCCGCCGGUCCAAUUCGGGGCCGGCGCUCGCGGUGCAGGAGGUGCGCGAGCAGGAGCGCGAUCGCGGGCCUGCCGACGCGGGAGAGAGCGAGAGCGCGGCGCACCUCGGCGUGGGCGUGCUCGCGCGCGUGCGGCGGCGACUUUCUGCGCGCCGGGAAGGGAAGUAG